AUGAAGACAGGCGUAUGUUCUGGCGUGCUAGCGCUCUGGCUGCUCUCUGUCGCCGAUGUGUACGCAAUAGAGGAGUCAGCUGGCUCUGGUGCGCUGGCCAUGCAGAACGAGGAAUCUACACCUUACAGCUACUUUCUCGAGAGCGAGCUCGACAACACCUACGAGCGGGGCGAUGACAGCAGCCUGUACGAGAUCCCCGACGAUGACGCCUUGACGACCAUGUCGCUGCUCGACCUCGCCGGAGCGCCUGACCUCUUGGAGUCCGCCGACGGUGAGUUCUCCGACGAGUCCGACUUUUCGUUUUUGGAGGAGCGCGACGAGGAGGAUGAAUUCAACGGCGAGUCCUUCCUGGAGGCCGAUGAUGACGACAUGUUCGACUUCGACGCCUCCUUCAUGGAAGCUGAAGAGGAUGAGAACCCCGCCGACGAGCUCAGCUCCGGCAUCGAUGAGGAGCUUGAAGAUGCGGAAGCUACCAACACCGAGUUCCUCGACUCCGAACCCACCAGCUACGUGCCCAUCCGCCACCGCAUGACCGCUAAAAAGUGCAACAACCACCUUAACAACAAUGUCCAGCCUGCCGUGGAAGGCGUCCAGGACGCUAAGGCGGCCAUGCUGCAGCAGGAUGAAGUUGCGGAAACCUCAUCCUCUGGAUCGUUCUUCAAAAGGAACCGCGCCGUCAUCAUCGUUGGAGUGGUGUUGUUGAUCUCCGCUGCUAUUGGCAUCUGCACCUUUAAGUACCCGCCACCCUGCGUCGCCGCCGCCAAGGAACGCAUUCGCGGCUACUUCAACCGCGAAAACGACCGCAACAGCGUGCUGCCCGAGGUGACAGAAACCGAGCCCUUGGUGGCUCAGUGA